AUGACGGUGGUGGCACCCAUCCCGUUCGCGGUGCUGUUUAGCAUUCUCACUGUCGUCGGAAUAAUCGGAAACGUAUUUGUGAUCUACGCGAUCGCUGGUGAUCGUAAUAUGAGAAAGUCUGUGAUGAAUAUUCUCUUGCUCAAUCUGGCAGUUGCCGAUCUUGCGAAUCUCAUCUUCACGAUUCCCGAAUGGAUUUCUCCAGUAUUUUUCGAUACUUAUGGCUGGUUGUUGCCUUCAUUCAUGUGUCCAGUGUGUAGAUAUCUCGAAUGUGUCUUCUUGUUUGCAUCUAUUUCAACUCAAACAAUUGUUUGCAUUGAAAGAUACAUCGCAAUCUGCCUUCCGAUUCAUGCUCGUCACUUGUGCUCUCGUCGUAACGCUCUGAUUACUGUAGCUGUCUCGUGGAUAAUCGUGUGCUGUUUUGCUGCGCCGUACGCUGUCUACCACACCGUCAAAACAACAACUUGUUCCAACACCGCCGGUAAAUCCAUGUGGUGGCAGGCAUACAAAUGGAGCGAAUUCCUCUCCUUCUACUUGAGCCCAUGCUUCAUCAUCAUCGUCGUCUACACAAAAGUAUCCAGAUGCCUCUGGUGCAAAGAUCCAACUCUUCAGAAUGAAACUCGAUCCUGCUUGGAAAACAAAAUGUCAAUUCGUGGUGCCGAAGCUCUUCGUACGAGAAGAAACGUCGUCAAAAUGCUGAUCGCCUGUGUCGCUGUUUAUUUCCUUUGCUAUUCGCCAAUACAGUUCAUGUUUUUAUCAAAAGCAAUCUUGAACGUCUCCAUUCAUCCGGCAUACGAAUAUAUACUAAUACUAAACGCUCUUGCCAUGACUUGCUCCGCGAGCAAUCCUCUUCUGUAUACACUUUUCUCAACUAAAUUCCGCAGAAGGUUACGUGAUGUCUUUUCCUGCAACAAGCCUGAUGUGGAAAACGAAACGAAAAAGACCUAUCUAUCGAUCAAUAACACUUCAAUCACCGGUCCACGGGCUAGUUUCAAUUGA